CUGGCGACAUGACGUCAUAAGACUGCGCCGCGCCCCUGCGUCAGUGAUUCGGCUGAAGAAAGAGUGAAGUCAACUCCUGGUGAAGCAACUGAGAUCCACGUGACUUAUAAAGAUGGCGUUUAUUAAAGAGGAGAGUGAAGAUAUCAAGAUUGAAGAAGUAUUCAGCAUGAAACAAGAAGAUACCGAGGAGCAAACAGACCUGAUGCCGCUAAAAGAGGAGAGUGAAGUACUGAAUGAAAUUGAAGAUAAAGUUCAAAUUGAGAAACAUGAUUUCACAAGUGGAGAAAAAUCUUUUAGUUUCUCAAAGACUGUAAAGAAUUCCUCACAAAACAGAGCUCAGAAGAAAACAACUAAAAGUUAUUUCUCCUGCUUUGACUGUGGGAAGAGUUUCAGUCAACACGGUGACCUUAAAGUCCACAUGGGAGUUCACAAUGGAGAGCGGCCUUUCACCUGCCAACAAUGUGGAAAAGGUUUCACUGAAAAAGGAAGUCUGAAAAGGCACAUGAGAAUACACACCGGAGAGAAGCCUUACACCUGCCAGCUGUGUGGAAGAAGUUUCACUCAAAAAGGAUCUCUUAACAGGCACAUGAUAAUUCACUCUAAAGAGAAGCCUUACACCUGCAAACUGUGUGGAAAUGGCUUUAAAGCAGAACUAAACCUUAGGUAUCACAUGAGAAUUCAUACUGGAGAGAAGCCUUACACAUGUGAUCAGUGUGGAAAGAGUUUCAGAUGUAAAAUAACCCUUAAUUGCCACAUGAGAGUACACUCAAGAGAGGGCCGUUUUAUAUGUCAGCAGUGUAGAAUGAGUUUCCCAGAUAAGCAAUGCCUUAACAGGCACAUCAAAACAAUUCAUGCCGGAGAGAAGCCUUUCAAAUGCGAUCAGUGUGAAAGAAGUUUCCAAUUGAGUAAAUGCCUUAAGACUCACAUGAGAAUUCACACUGGAGAGAAGCCUUACACAUGCUAUCAGUGCGGAAAGAGUUUCACAUAUAAAGCUACCCUUGAUUCCCACAUGAGAAUUCACACUGGAGAGAGCCCUCACACAUGCAAACUGUGUGAAAAGAGCUUUUCACACAAAGGUAAUCUAAAGGCUCACUUGAGAAUUCACGCUGGAGAGAAGCCGUUCAUAUGUGUUCAGUGUGGAAAAUGUUUCACACGUAAAGAAUCCCUUGAUUACCACAUGCGCAUUCACUCAAGAGAUAACUGUUUCAUGUGUAAUCAGUGUGGAAGGAGUUUCCCAAACAGGAACAACCUUAGGAGCCACGUAAUAACUCAUGUUGGAGAAAACCCUUUGAUGUGUCAUCACUGUGGAAAGAAUUUCACACAUAAAGGAAACCUCAAGACUCACAUGAGAGUUCAUACUGGAGAGAAGCCUUUUACUUGCCAGCAGUGUGGAAAGAGUUUCAGACAUAAUGUUAGCCUCCAAACUCAUAUGAGACUUCACACUGGAGAGAGGCCUUUUAUGUGCAAUCACUGUGGAAAGAGAUUCAGACAUCAUGUGAGCCUCAAAACUCACAUGAGAUUUCACGCUGGAGAGAAUUUCCCAUAUCAAAGAGACCUGAAACGUAAUUUGCAAACUCAUUCUGUAAAGAAAUUACAGUGUUCUGAGUGUGACAAAAGGUUUAGAAUAAGGAGCCAUUUAAAAAAUCACUUGUGCGUUCACUCUGGAGGAAGGCCAUUUAAUUGUGAACAGUGUAAUAAAAAAUUCAUUUUGGCAUCACACUUACAAAUACACUUGAAAACGCAUGCGGAUUUGAGACCCCAUUUGUGUUCCAUGUGUGGAAAGAGUUUUAAAUGGCUCAGCAAUUUAAAAUGGCACCAGAAAACACGUAUUUGUGUAAAAUUAAGGCUACUUUAA